AUGGCAAGUGAGCCCCGGCCCCUCUCACCAACAUACAUUCAUAUCAAGAAUGCAUCGGUAAUUACAGUUGAUGCGACCGCCGGAGUUCUGAGCAAUUGUGAUGUGUUGCUCGAAAACGAUGCCAUCAGGGCGACUGGACCAAAUUUAGAUGUACCGUCAGACGUUAGCCUCACCGUUAUCGACGCUACCAACUGUAUCGUCGUGCCGGGAUUCGUGAACGGGCAUCAUCACCUAUGGCAGCACCUCAUCCGAGGUGUCUCCACGGACUGGUCACUCUUCGAUUAUCUCGUCAGCAUCCGCAGCCUCUAUGGUAGCGUCUACACCGCCGAUGAUGUCGAGCUCGCCUACUACGCCGGCGCGCUAGAUUUACUCAACAACGGUGUCACCUGCAUUCUUGAGCACAGCCACAUUAUUAACUCGCCCGAGCACGCCGACGCCGCCAUACGCGGCCUGAAGAAGCUGGCUCAGCGCGUGCGCGAUGCGCGGCGUGUACGUGAAGUCCAUUUUACCAACAACAACCCAGCCGAAGAACUCCUCACGUUCGGCAUCGCACCUACGGAACCCGAGUCCCAACCGCUGGACGAGACAGUGCGCCAGAUCUUACUGUCUCGCGAUCUUGGCGCCAGAAUCACCACUAUGCAUGUCGCUAUGGGCCCGUACGAUACGGCUCACCAGGAGGUGGUACAGCAUCUCGCGAAUGAACACAUUCUGGGCCCAGAUCUAGUCUUUUCUCACGGCGCGUCGCUCACUGACAGCGAACUAGACUCGAUCCGCUCUACCGGUGCGGGUGUCGUCAGCACCCCCGACACGGAGUUGCAGAUGGGCAUGGGCUUUCCCGUUGCGUUUCGCGCUACCGACAAGGGCUGUAAUGCAUGCUUGGGCCUCGACAUCACGUCUAACCAAGGUAAUGACUUCAUGACGCAGAUGAGGCUGGCACUUCAGGUCCAGAGAGCCGUGGACAAUCAGGGCGGCCUUCCACUUGCUAUCAGGAGGAAGACGGCUGAGGUCUUGCGCAUGGGUACCUUGGGCGGCGCCGAGGUCUUGAGAGUAGACCAUCUGGUGGGCUCAAUUGCGGUUGGCAAGAAAGCCGAUCUUGUCAUCUUCAGGUGCGAUGACAUCAGCACUUUGCCUGUCCACGACCCGACGGCAACGGUGAUCUUCCACACAUCAAGUGCCAAUAUCGACACAGUUAUCGUUAACGGCAGGAUUGUCAAGAAGGAUGGGAGACUUGUUGGAGCCGACUGGCCGUCAGUGCGGUCAGCUGUGCUCUCGCAAUCGGAGAGAAUCAAAGCUCAGGCAGCGAAGGUGGACUUAGGCGCGGCAAGAGCCAAGUGGUUGGAGGUAUUUUUCUCGGCCACUGUAAUGCUCACAGCGACCAGAUCGUCCGUUGAUUUUUGUGUAUAUCGUCUUGAUCUUCACAUGAAAAUUGUCCUUAUCCUGAGGGUGGUAGUGAGAAAAUAA